CGACAGUGUGUGUUGUGUUAUUUAAGUUAAAAUAAGUAGGACUGGUUAAAAUGUGGCAGUCCUUAAUUUUCAUAUGCGCACUUACUCUACAAGUUGCGCUCGCCGCUCAACCUCGUUCAACGGACGUCAUUGAAAGCCAAAAUUCACGCAAUGCCUUGCCUGAUCGCUUAGCUAAACGUGUAUGCUACUUCAGCAACUGGGCAGUCUACCGCCCAGGUAAUGGCUCGUACGACAUCGACCAUAUCCCCGGUGAAAUGUGUACGCACGUUAUUUAUUCUUUCUGCGGUGUUAGCAAUGUCACCUGGGGCGUUCUUGUUCUCGAUCCAGAGAGAGACGUAGAAAAAGGAGGCUAUGCCAAUUUUGUAGCUCUCAAACAGAAAUAUCCAAACUUGAAGCCAAUGCUGGCUGUGGGAGGAUGGGGGGAAGGUGGAAAAAAGUAUUCGCAGAUGGCCUCGGUGCCUGCGCGUCGUCAAUCUUUCGUUAGCAGUGUCGUAGAAUAUAUGAAUCAAUAUGGUUUUGAUGGGUUUGAUCUUGAUUGGGAAUACCCGGGAGCUGCAGAUCGUGGAGGCACCUAUGCCGAUAAGGAAACCUUCCUUGCUCUUGUUCGGGAAUUGCGAGCUGCAUUCGACACUGUUGGAAAAGGAUGGGAACUAACAGCUGCGGUUCCUGUUGCAAAAUUCCGCUUGCAGGAAGGAUAUCAUGUCCCUGAAUUAUGCCAAUUACUCGACGCUAUUCACGUUAUGACGUAUGAUCUGCGAGGAAACUGGGUUGGAUUUGCUGACGUUCAUUCACAACUUUACCGACGCCCAGGUCUGGAUCAGUACGCCUACGAAAAACUCAACGUGAACGAUGGUUUAUUGCUGUGGGAAGAAUUCGGUUGUCCAAGAGAUAAGCUUGUCGUAGGAACACCCUUUUAUGGACGCACCUACACUCUAGGUGAUCCCAAGAGCAACGAUUUGGGAGCUUAUAUCGUCAAAUGGGCUGGAGGCGGAGAACCUGGUCCUUAUACAAACGCAUCCGGCUUUAUGGCGCACUACGAGAUUUGCAUGAAACUUCUGAACCCAGCUGAUGGAUGGGUUAAACGAUACGAUGACGUCGGCAAAGUUCCUUUCACACACAAAGAUCGCCAGUGGAUCGGCUACGAAGAUGAGGAUUCCUUAAAGAUAAAAAUGGACUUUAUUCGAGCUAGGGGAUAUGGUGGAGCGAUGACUUGGGCUAUUGAUAUGGAUGACUUCCACAACUUGUGCGGAAAGGGUCAUCAUUCUAUGAUGAAGGUCAUCUACGACGGAAUGAAAGACUAUAUCGUUCCAGUCCCACCUCCAAUGACAACCACAACCGCAGUAACAUGGUGGAAACCUUGGAAACCAGACCCUACCGUAUCGUUGAGCGAACAAACAACAAGUAAACCAGCAGGACAAGCAACAACACGCAAUCCAGACGUUGUUGUUAAGCCAGUCGAUGUCGCCGGAAUAAACUGCAACGUUCAGACCUACUGGCCUCACAAAAAUUGUCGCAAGUAUUACUGGUGCGUUCAGGGGUCUCCCCGUCUGUUGGAUUGUCCAGGUGAAUCCGUGUGGAAUACAGCCAAAACAGUUUGUGACUGGCCACACAACACCGACACCUCAAAUUGCGUUCUCUAAGUUAAGAUAUUUGAUGACGACUUUUCGCAAACACAUCACGAAAAUAAAUUUAUUAUUGUUGUUAAUUAACGAAAGUAUCGCGUGUAUUCUCGGUGAGGGAGGAAUAAAUCAAGAUCUGCCAGUCCGAAA